AUGCGUAAUCUAGAUGACAUCAAGGCGCUAAUCUCACACAGCGAGCUGUCUGACUGGGUGAAGGAAAGAAGUGUUGCAGUAUUUACACUAUUGGCUCAGGCAGAAGCGCACACGCACGGCACAUCGUUAAAAGAGAUUCAUUUUCACGAAGUGGGGGCGAUUGACAGCAUUAUAGACACUAUUGGCUCCGUAUUGGCGCUAGAUCUACUUGGUGUUCGUGAAGUACACGCAUCGUUUCUCCCCUUUUCAUCUGGAACAGUCAAGUGCAUGCACGGAGUCCUGCCUGUUCCUCCACCCGCCACGCUUCGCCUAAUGAUUGGCAUUCCUGUGUGUCCUGCACCUAAAGGAGCCAGAGGGGAACUUGUGACGCCGACAGGAAUCAGUCUCGUGAAGGCAUUGGCUUCGACUUUCGGCGAGCCACCUCCGUUCAUUCCUACACAUACUGGAGUCGGUGCCGGAACAAAAGAAUUUCCUGAACAUGCUAACAUUGUUCGUGUUGCUAUUGGAAGAAAGAUUGAUCCAAUGGCAAUUGAAAAGAGCUAUGUUAACCCUGCCUUGAGAUAA